AUGUUUGUGAUUCCAGCUACCCUUAAGGGAGCUAACUACCUGUUAUGGGCAAGACUUGCUAAGACAGCUCUUGGUGGCAGAGGCUACUGGGAUAUUGUUGAAGAAGGCAAGAACCCAAAGAAAACAACCUUAGGAGAGGAUGGUAGAGAAGUGGUGGUGAGUGAAGCUGGCGACAAGAAGAAGAAUCAAGAGGACCUCAUGGUGCUGUCUAUUCUUCAGUCCAGUCUUGAUGCUCCACUCCAGGAAGCUUAUGGCUACUGUGAAACCUCCAAAGACCUAUGGGAUACACUCAAGAAGGUCUAUGGAAACCAGUCCAACAUCAGUAGGGUGUUUGAGGUCAAGAGGGCUAUCAAUUCUCUAAGUCAAGAGGACAAUGACUUUGAUAAACACUCUGGGAAGUUUAGAUCCCUGUGGGCUGAGCUAGAGAUGCUAAGGCCAGCAACCAUUGAUCCAUAUGUGUUGAAUGAAAGGAGAAAACAAGACAAGGUGUUUGCUCUUCUCUCUACUCUCAACCCUGGAUACAAUGACCUCAUCAAGCAUAUCCUAAGAGACAAGGAACUCCCAUCCUUUGAAGAAGUGUGUGCUUUGAUUCAAAAAGAACAAGGAUCAGUGGGGCUCUUUGGAGGCAAGCGAGACUUGGUACUUGCAAACCAAGCUGAAGGAGUUGCAAAUAAAGGUACCUACAAGACUGAAGACAAGAAGGUGUGGACAUGUGAUCAUUGCAAGAAGAGAGGCCAUGGAAAGGACAAGUGCUGGAUCCUCCAUCCUCACCUUAAGCCACAGAAGUUCAGAGCCAACUACAAUGAUACAAGAGCCAACUUCUCUGGUGACAUGGGAGAGCCAUCUACUUCAGCAAGCAUGCGCCAAGCUCCAGCAGGUGGUGAAGGCAAAGCAAUGGCGUCUAGUGGCAACCUGACCUUGAGGAACAAUCAAGAUGAAGUCAUCAGACGCUCUGACAUUGAGGCUCUCAUCAAACUCCUCAAAGACAACUCUGGUAACACACUUGGUACCUCUUUACAUGCCUCCACUUGUGGAAAUGUUAUGAUAGCUAAUGGAGAGAAAGUACCAAUCAAAGGUGUAGGUGAUCUUAGGCUAUUUGAUAAAGAUUCUAAAGCUUUCUACAUGCCUAGUUUUACCUCUAACUUGUUAUCAGUUAAAAGAGCCACUAAUGACUUGAAUUGUAGUGUUACUUUCACUCCUAAUGAUGUCUACUUUCAGGAUAUUGAAACUAGUAGGUUGCUUGGCAAAGGUGUAACCAAGGGAGACUUGUACUUACUUGAAGACACUAAGCUCUCAGCCGAUUUAUCUUAUGCUCUAAAUUCCAUUUCUACUUUACCUAAAGAUGUAUUAUGGCAUGCUAGAUUAGGACAUCCCCAUUCUCGUGCUUUGAACAUCAUGCUUCCUAGUAUUUCCUUUAAAAGUGAUUGUGAGGCUUGUAUCCUAGGCAAACAUUGCAAGAGUGUGUUCCCUAGAUCAAGAGAACAAAGAGAUAAGUUGAAAGCUAAGAGCAUAAAGGCAAUCUUUAUUGGAUACUCUCCCCACCAGAAGGGCUAUAAGUGUUAUGUACCAGAGACCAGGAAGGUCUUAAUCUCAAGAGAUGUAAAAUUUGUGGAAUCUAGAGGCUACUAUGAUGGAAAGAGUCGGGAAGAGGUAGAGAACAUGUCCCACUCAGCCUCGGAUAGAGCUAACAACCUAAGGAGAGUAAUGGAAAGACUUGGAAUCCGUAUACACCAAGAUCAAGGAGCCACUACACCUGAGGCCACUCAAUCCACGCCAUCUACUGAGGGUGAUACUGAUGAUUCAGCAAGUCAUGAUCAAGCUGAGCAUCAUACACAAGAGGAGCAGGAUCAUCACGUGACUCAAGAGGAGCCAGUAGUGAUUGCAAGCCAGCCGCAGCCUAAUAUUGAUCAAGCUGCAACUGAGGAAAGUAGUUCACAGCCGGCUCCAAGAAGAAGUUCUAGGAUCAGAAAGCCGGUUGAUCUAAAUUGGAAGAACAAUAGGGUCUACUUCAAUGCUCAAGCUGUGGCUCAUCCCAUACAAGGAGUGUGCUCUCUAGCUCAUUAUCCCCAAGAACAUGUGGUGUUUAUUGGAGAGUUGGAUCAGGAAUACAUUCCAAGGUCUUAUGAGGAAGCUAUGGAGCAUGAGGAAUGGAAAGAAUCAGUGGGCAGUGAGACUAAUGCCAUGAUCAUCAAUAAUACAUGGUAUGAAGUUGAACUACCUAAAGGCAAGAGAGCUGUAACAAGCCGCUGGAUCUUCACCAUCAAGUACAAUGCUGAUGGGACAGUAGAGAGGCGCAAGACAAGGCUAGUAGCAAGAGGCUUCACUCAAACAUAUGGAGAGGAUUAUCUAGAUACCUUUGCACCAGUUGCUAAACUUCACACCAUAAGGAUAAUCCUAUCCUUGGCUGUCAACCUAGAGUGGGAUCUAUGGCAAAUGGAUGUGAAGAAUGCUUUCCUACAAGGAGAACUAGAAGAUGAGUAUAAUGGCUGUAACUGA